AUGGUGGAUCUUUCACUGAAGUCGCUCCGUCCCAUGCUCGAGCUUCACCUGCAAGGUGCUCGCCUCAAUGGCACUGUAUCGAAAGGGCUCAACAAGUGCAGAACGUGGGCUACAAGUCCUAUAAGUGGUGUUGCUUGUCUCUCGGUGGAGAGACAGAAGUUGCCUUCCAAACGGAUUGUGUGGUUGGUAAUCGAGAACAUUCCGGUGGCACAGGAGGCGCAGUCACUGAGUUUUAAGAAUGCGGACAUUGUGCGGUGGCUGGAUUUUGAUCACACGUGCCCAGAAAGUGAGCCACCCACCCUUCCUGCGGACGAAUAUCUCCACUGCGAAACUUUGUACGCACGUCUCAUCAGCUCUCCCAUCGACCAGGCAGAACAGUUGCAGCAUCGGCCACGAGAUCAGGUCAUUGAGAACUUUGACGGGCCCAGUGAUGAGGACCUCUCCGUUGUCGCUGGUGAAGUGGUCUACCUCCUCCACGAAUGCAGCAAUACUCACUUCAUGGCCAUGAAGAAGAAGGUCAUGCGUGACUACGAUAAGAAGAAGGUUACAAUAACGUCUAUCGAGCGAGCGAAACACAUUUCAUUCAAACUUCGUCCACAUCGCCACAACUGCUUUGAUUAA